GUUCGGCGGUCCCCUCCCCCUCCCGCCCCCCUCCCCCGCACCUUCUCCCGCUGGAGAAGUGAGGGUGCUUGAAUGGUGAGCGGUCAGGGGACUCACUCUCUGCCAACGGGCUCGCUUCACCUUCGUGCUUUGCCUGAGAUCUCCCAAAUCCAAGUGGAAUUUGGUGUGCACAGCCAUACUGUGUAUUUGUAUCUUCUCUCCCUCUCUCCUUCUUUCCCCCCACCUUCGCCGUCUGACCAAUGCUGGGAUCUGAGAUCUAGUCGCCCCCUUCCUGCCUCCUUUCCGCCUCUCCCCACCCUUUUCUUCUCUCAUCUACACACCAUCCACCCCCACUCCCACCCACCUAAAGGGCAAAGAGCAAAGACACCCUGGAAAAGCAAGGGCUAAUUCCAUCUUUUCGGAUGGAAGGAGGCCUCGGGCAGGGAUUGUGAGUGACAACCCUUCAGGAAGAGAGAAAGAGAGAAAUCCAGAGACUGAGCUCAGGCUCUCGGGAACAACGAAGCUCUCCACUGAUCGAGAGCACUGAGAUUUUAAAUCAAAGGAACCUAGUCCUGGGACACUCACUCUGCCUGCCUGCCUGCCUGCCUGCCAUCGAAGGCAUAGGGAGCUGUGGUUGUGAGCUCCCUGUCACUGACAUCGCAGCGCUAGGUGCGCGCCCGGCUCUCCCAUUGGUAUGCAGCGACCAUUUCCCUGCAAAUCUCAAAGGUGGAAACAUUUAAACGGAUUACAAGCGUGAUUUGGUAGCCUUUCGGAAAGUUGGUGGCCAGAAGAGGAGAAGCUACAAGGCUACAGUAUGAUGGAUACAAUUCAGCCUCCCAGAGAGUUUGCCCCUCCCGCUGGGAAGCCCCUCGGAGCAAACCUCGGAGAUCCUGAGCACUCUGCACCAUAGUUUUGUAAUCAGCCACGAACGAUGAAACCUUCCAUAGCUGAGAUGCUUCACAGAGGAAGGAUGUUGUGGAUCAUUCUUCUAAGCACAAUUGCUCUAGGAUGGACUACCCCGAUUCCCCUAAUAGAGGACUCAGAGGAAAUAGAUGAGCCCUGUUUUGAUCCAUGCUACUGUGAAGUUAAAGAAAGCCUCUUUCAUAUACAUUGUGACAGUAAAGGAUUUACAAAUAUUAGUCAGAUUACCGAGUUCUGGUCAAGACCUUUUAAACUGUAUCUGCAGAGGAAUUCUAUGAGGAAAUUAUACACCAACAGUUUUCUUCAUUUGAAUAAUGCUGUGUCUAUUAAUCUUGGGAACAAUGCAUUGCAGGACAUUCAGACUGGAGCUUUCAAUGGUCUUAAGAUUUUAAAGAGACUAUAUCUACAUGAAAACAAACUGGAUGUCUUCAGAAAUGACACCUUCCUUGGCUUGGAAAGUCUAGAAUAUCUGCAGGCAGAUUACAAUGUCAUUAAACGUAUUGAGAGUGGGGCAUUUCGGAACCUAAGUAAAUUGAGGGUUCUGAUUUUAAAUGAUAAUCUCAUCCCCAUGCUUCCGACCAAUUUAUUUAAGGCUGUCUCUUUAACCCAUUUGGACCUACGUGGAAAUAGGUUAAAGGUUCUUUUUUACCGAGGAAUGCUAGAUCACAUUGGCAGAAGCCUGAUGGAACUCCAGCUGGAAGAAAACCCUUGGAACUGUACAUGUGAAAUUGUACAACUGAAGAGUUGGCUGGAACGCAUUCCUUAUACCGCCCUGGUGGGAGACAUUACCUGUGAGACCCCUUUCCAUUUCCAUGGAAAGGACCUACGAGAAAUCAAGAAGACAGAACUCUGUCCUUUGUUGUCUGACUCUGAGGUAGAGGCUAGUUUGGGAAUUCCACAUUUGUCAUCAAGUAAGGAGAAUGCAUGGCCUACUAAGCCUUCCUCAAUGCUAUCCUCUGUCCAUUUUACUGCUUCUUCUGUUGAAUACAAGUCCUCAAAUAAACAGCCUAAGCCCACCAAACAGCCUCGAACACCAAGGCCACCCUCCACCUCCCAAGCUUUAUAUCCUGGUCCAAACCAGCCUCCCAUUGCUCCUUAUCAGACCAGACCACCAAUCCCCAUUAUAUGCCCCACUGGGUGUACCUGUAAUUUGCACAUCAAUGACCUUGGCUUGACUGUCAACUGCAAAGAGCGAGGAUUUAAUAACAUUUCUGAACUUCUUCCAAGGCCCUUGAAUGCCAAGAAACUGUAUCUGAGUAGCAAUCUGAUUCAGAAAAUAUACCGUUCUGAUUUUUGGAAUUUUUCUUCCUUGGAUCUCUUGCAUCUGGGGAACAACCGUAUUUCCUAUGUCCAAGAUGGGGCCUUUAUCAACUUGCCCAACUUAAAAAGCCUCUUUCUUAAUGGCAACGAUAUAGAGAAGCUGACACCAGGCAUGUUCCGAGGCCUACAGAGUUUGCACUACUUGUACUUUGAGUUCAAUGUCAUCCGGGAAAUCCAGCCUGCAGCCUUCAGCCUCAUGCCCAACUUGAAGCUGCUAUUCCUCAAUAAUAACUUGCUGAGGACCCUGCCAACGGACGCCUUUGCAGGCACAUCCCUGGCCCGGCUCAACCUGAGGAAGAACUACUUCCUCUAUCUUCCCGUGGCUGGUGUCCUGGAACACUUGAACGCCAUUGUCCAGAUAGACCUCAAUGAGAAUCCUUGGGACUGCACUUGUGACCUGGUCCCCUUUAAACAGUGGAUCGAAACCAUCAGCUCAGUCAGUGUGGUUGGUGAUGUGCUUUGCAGGAGCCCUGAGAACCUCACGCACCGUGAUGUGCGCACUAUUGAGCUGGAAGUUCUUUGCCCAGAGAUGCUGCACGUUGCACCAGCUGGAGCAUCCCCAGCCCAGCCUGGAGAUUCCCACCUUAUUGGGGCACCAACCAGUGUAUCACCUUAUGAGUUUUCUCCUCCUGGGGGCCCUGUGCCACUUUCUGUGUUAAUUCUCAGCCUUCUGGUACUGUUUUUCUCAGCAGUCUUUGUUGCUGCAGGCCUCUUUGCCUACGUGCUCCGAAGGCGUCGAAAGAAGCUGCCCUUCAGAAGCAAGCGGCAGGAAGGUGUGGACCUUACUGGCAUCCAAAUGCAAUGCCACCGGCUGUUUGAGGAUGGAGGAGGUGGUGGUGGUGGAAGUGGGGGUGGAGGUCGACCAACUCUUUCCUCUCCAGAGAAGGCCCCUCCUGUAGGUCAUGUGUAUGAGUACAUCCCCCACCCAGUUACCCAAAUGUGCAACAACCCCAUCUACAAGCCUCGUGAGGAGGAGGAGGUGGCUGUUUCAUCAGCCCAAGAAGCAGGGAGUGCAGAACGUGGGGGUCCAGGGACACAACCACCGGGAAUGGGUGAGGCUCUCCUAGGAAGUGAGCAGUUUGCUGAGACACCCAAGGAGAACCAUAGUAACUACCGGACCUUGCUGGAAAAAGAGAAGGAGUGGGCCCUGGCAGUGUCCAGCUCCCAGCUUAACACCAUAGUGACGGUGAAUCACCAUCACCCUCACCCUCACCGCCCAGCAGUUGGUGGGGUUUCAGGAGUAGUUGGGGGAACUGGGGGAGACUUGGCAGGGUUCCGCCACCAUGAGAAAAAUGGUGGGGUGGUGCUGUUUCCUCCCGGGGGAGGCUGUGGUGGUGGCAGUAUGCUACUAGACCGAGAGAGGCCACAGCCUGCCCCCUGCACAGUGGGAUUUGUGGACUGUCUCUAUGGAACAGUGCCCAAAUUAAAGGAACUGCACGUGCACCCUCCUGGCAUGCAAUACCCAGACUUACAGCAGGACGCCAGGCUCAAAGAAACCCUUCUCUUCUCGGCUGGAAAGGGCUUCACAGACCACCAAACCCAAAAAAGUGAUUACCUCGAGUUAAGGGCCAAACUUCAAACCAAGCCGGAUUACCUCGAAGUCCUGGAGAAGACAACAUAUAGGUUCUAACAGAGAGAAGAAAAUAUAUUAGUGCUUUUUUUUUCCCCCAAAAGAAAAGGAAAAUAAAAGAAAUAUAUCCCUUGCUCCCUUUACACUUGUCCCAAUAACUCCAUCCUCACGAUCUUCCCUACCCUGAACAAAACUGAAACCGCAUGAUAACUAGAGAAUACAGAUGUAUGCUCUCCCCUCUCAGAUGUGAUUUGGAGGAAGGGCCAUACUCAGAUCAUUAAUCAAUGAAGUGCCUUCGCAGACUUUUGCCAGCAAAUGUUAUCAUUAUUUUUUUAUACUGAAACUUAAGACUUUGACUGUGCCAUGUAUAAGGUAUACCGGGGAUCAUUGUAUGGAUCCUAAUUAAGUAAAAUUCAAUGUGUCUUUUUAUUUUCAGUAACUAUUUUUUUUUUUUUAGUUGUAGUUUUGUUUUAAAGGGAGGGGGGAAACAAGUUGACAUUUGUCAUUUGUGGCUUUCUUUCUUCUCAUCAUGGCACAGAUUCUGUACAUGUAUUAACAAUGCAGUUUGCUGCAUGCCUGGAAACUGCAAGACGGGGAGGGAGGGGGCGGGUCUUGCUCGAAUGUUCUCACUCACUAUCUUGUCUCUCAUACACAUAUCCAUCUGCAAACCGUGAUCCCUAAACCUGCAGUUUCUUCCUGCUGGUGCAGGUACACACACACACACACACACACACACACACACACACACACUCCGUACCAUUCCCAUUCAACCCAAUCUGCUUAGUUCGGGUUUGAUCCAUUUUUCUCCUCUCCAUAGUUCCACUACCCUUCACUGCUAGUGUACAGCUCACAGCAUCUCUCCUAUCACCCUGGGAAAAGUCACAUUCUAGGCUGGAUUCUACCGAAGUGGAGGCCUGGUGGUUUAACAGCCGAAGACACGCGCCUAGGGGUGAGCACCCUCUUUGUGACACUUCAUCCUGAUGCCAAGAUUUUUUGGAGAACAUCUGCACUUUCUUAUAUAUAUAUAUAUAAUAUUUAAAAAAAGCAACUGGGUAUAUAUCACUAACAGCUUUGUAGGAAGCACUUUUAAUGUUUUCUCUCUCACACACAAAGAUUCAAAAGAAAUGUGCAUAUAUUUAUUCUGUAAUUUCAGUGAUUAUAAAUUGUAAAGGUAAUGUUUAAUCAUUGUAUAGUGAUUAUGCGUCUGGUAUAGCUUUCCUAAUAAAAAGUUUUUGAAAAACAUAAUACAUUAUAUAUAGAGGAUACAAAGCUUGAACCUUAAACUCCAGCUAUGCCAUGCCUUUCGUGCUCCCAUUUUAAAAAAUGAUUUCUUUUACUUGUUACACAGAAAGUAAUUUAUUAACGGGUUUGAUGCACUGUGAUGUUGAUAAAUCUUAUAUCCCACCAUCUCUAUUCCAAACCAGGAUACAAUUGAGACUUAAAAUCUGACUUACAGUUUUUUUUUUCCUUUACUUAUGAAUUUCAAUCUUAGUAACCAAUGAUGCACGUUUCCUAGGCAAGAUGCAAGGGGGAGAAAAUAAAUUAACUAGAUCACUGAGAAGUACAGGAUUAAUUAGGAGAACGUAAUCAAGGAUCCGUACAUCUUAAGAUAAUAGAUGACAUAAAGAAAUCGGAGAAUAAAAUUGCUAUUGUUUUUAAAAUAUAUAGUCCAACGCACACCCUCAUACACCCACACGCUUCCACAUACACCCACACAACCCAGUAAAUAUCAAAGGCCUUGGCCUUGGAGCCAAUUAUAUGGCCAGAAUCCUGUGAAAGCUGUCACUUACAUUUGACUACUAUUUUCCAACCACUGACAACAACUGGCCCCAAUAACGUUUGAAUUAAGUCAGAGGAUGCUGAAUGAGUUUUUCGUCCUAUGACAUUAAAAUUAUGUAGAAAAAUUAACCUGACAACAAGCCAAGUUUAGAUCCAUUUAUAUGUGAGCGAAACCAAAGAAUACUGGAUUUUUACGGCGCCGGUAUCAAAUUGGUGGAGGAAACUUAAGAAAACAGACCUAUGAGGCAGGCACUUAUCGAAGUAGGCCAUUAGAGGGCAGCAGAGCUCCAGAGAGCCACAGACCCAGGACCUGCAGAACUGUGCAGUGAGGCCGGUGUUCUCCGCUAGUGUUUCCUCAAAGUGCCCAUAGUAGGAAUUAUCAUUACGUGUUGAAUGUAAUUCAUCACAAGUCACUGAUGCCUUAUAUCACAUUUUUUUCCCACAAAAAGAGAAUGAGUCUAGCAGUUUCUGAAGGUGUGUCACUACUAUAGCAUGAAGCCAUUGUAGUAACAAAAUGAAAGCCCCAUGAAUGUCUACAAGAGUAUAUUUAUAUUUCUCUUGAUUAAUUAUAUAGAAAUGUCAGCAUAGGUAUGCAUAAAAAUUAAAAAAAAAACAAGUAUAUCCAUAUAAAAUUGCAGUUUUGGGGCACUUGACAAACUUUUAUGCUCAAUUAUUUGAAUAUAUUUUGGAAUUAUUUUAGAAGGAAGAAGCUCAUGAACAUCAUCCACUUUAUCUCUCUGUGUAAUAUUGAAGUGAAGCUCUUAUGCAGAAGACUCAGGCCCACUAUUAAAUAGGUGUCAUUCUUCUUUUUUGUUUUAUCUUCUUCUUUUCUUUCUUGCUUUCUUUUUUACUUUCCCACAAAUCACCUUUCUUCUAGUUAUCCCACCUCCUUUAUUCUUUCUAAUUAUCUGUCUCUUUUUUUUUAAGGUACAUAAAACCAAUAUUACACUUUAAGUGUUUCAAAGCCCAAUUUAUAGAGUCUCUGAACUAGCAAUUUAUCAUACUUCUGUUCCUCCUAAUCAAAUGGUUUGGGGAAUAAUAGAAAGCAUAUGCAUAGUAAAAACUUAAAAGUGCAAAGCUAGAUGCUUCAGAUAAUAGUCCUCAUUUCUUUAAUGAACAUGUACAUAUUCAUAACACAGCAUAUUAUACAAAUCAAGCUAAAGUACAAUCUCAAAAAGACCCUGGUGCUUUCAGCAUUUGAGAAAUGAGUGUCCAUAAACGAUAUCAAAUUACAAUAUAACUUGAUAAUUAUAAUGAUUAUCUUUUACUUAUGAAAUACAGAAAGUAAGACUGUUUGGUCUUAAAUAUAGUUGGUACUUUCACCCUUGAAUGAGAAAUACAUUUAUUUAUUUACUAAAAAUAAAUUUAUAUGAGAACAGAAUUUUGUAUUUAAGGGAAUAGUUUUUUGCUUUUAUGGAAAUUACCUAAGUUAGCUUCAAUUUAUAAUACCAGAUCUGUUUUCAUUAAACAUGAUGGAUAUUAAUGUAGGUACUAUGAUUAUAAUAUGUUUUAUGUUUUUGCUGCAGUAAAAUACUUAUUUUUAAGAAAAAGAGUACUAAUUCACUUCAUUGUGAUGACUAACUUAACUGAAGCAGACCCAGUUCUGACAGAUAUUUGCUAUUAUUCAUUGCUAUUUUUAUUACUAAGUAUAGUAAUAAUAUUUAGAAAUAAUAAAAAUAUUGUAAUAUCUCUUAAACUAUAAGAGGAUUAGUGAGAAAUAAUUGGAAAUUAACUAUUAGUUUAAUUCAAUAACAAUUUUAACAUCAUGUUAUACAUCAUAUGUGGUAUUAUUUAUGUAGAUGUUUUUAUAUUUUUAUUUAGAAUGCUAUAUUAUUUUAUCUAAUUGCAAAUACUUAAAAAUAAGGAUGAUGAACACUAUAAUUUUAACAAAGUUUAGAGAGAGAGAAUCAAAAGGAAAAUUUAAUGACUGAGCUUGAAGAUUUCUUUUUAAACCUGGCAGUAUUACUUUAAACCCUUCAUAUUUGAAAAGAAUAUGUUUAGGUUUAUGAAAAUUUAUAAUGCAAUUAUAGAACAAAAGGACGUUAACUAUCGCAACACAUUAUUUUGAUUCACUUAGUGUAAAUUCAUUAUUCGUACAGUCCUGUCCUUUUGCAAUUACGUUGUCUAGGCCAAUAAAUGUUACACUUUUGUGAAAUGGCUAUGACAAAGGAA